CUCCUCUCAUUUUCUCUCACUAGUAAUCAAUAUAUACAUACACAUAUAUAUACACAGAUACAGGAUAGUUUUUUGUGAACCAAGUUUAUUCCAUUUGGUGAUUCUACUUAGAUCCCUUUAUUCUCAUUUUUCAUUCGGAUCUCUCUAUGUUCUUGUCCUUUUUGAUAGAGGAGUAUAAGAUAUAGAAAAAAUGAUGAUCAAUAGCCAUAAUCACGGUGAUUAUUCAGAAAAAAUGCAGGGAUGUCAAGAUUAUAUCCAUGCUUUACAAGAAGAACAUAAAAAGAUUCAAGUUUUUCGACGUGAACUUCCCCUUUGUCUUGAGCUUGUUACUCAAGCAAUUGAGGCAUGCAAGCAACAAUUAUCUGAUGGUCAAUCUGAGUGUUCUGAGCAAAUAUCCAGUGAAGGGCCAAUCUUGGAGGAAUUUAUUCCUGUAAAGAGAGUUUCAUCCAAUUCUGAUAACGAUGAAGAACAAUCCAAGAAGCCUAGUGAUAAAAAUAGCAAGAAUAAUAAUGAGAAAUUUUCCAAAAAAUCAGAUUGGCUUAGAUCUGUCGGGCUUUGGAAUCAAACCCCAGAUCCAAACCCAAAAGAGGAUUUACCCAAAAAGGAUAGUUCUGGUGCAUUUCAUCCAUUCAAGAAAGAAGGGAAAAGUGUUGGUACUGGAAGUACUACUGCACAAGAGGUAAUGAAUAGGUCAGUAGCGGUAGCGGAGGCGGCUGCGGAGAAACGUGGUGGCGGUGGCGGUGGUGGUGGAAAUAAGAAAGAACGACAAGGUGAAAGAAAGUCAAGGAGAACAUGGUCAGCUGAGCUGCAUAAAAGAUUUUUGCAAGCCCUUGAACAACUGGGUGGUUCGCAUGUUGCUACACCAAAACAAAUUAGGGAGUUCAUGAAGGUUGAUGGACUCACCAAUGAUGAAGUUAAAAGUCAUUUACAGAAAUAUCGAUUGCAUACAAGAAGAUCACCGAAUCACCCUAUACACAAUAACAAUAAUCAACAGCCAUCCCAGUUUGUUGUAGUAGGAGGAAUAUGGGUUCCACCACCGGAAUGUGCUACAAUGGCUACAACCACCGCAUUGGGGGAGGCAUCUGGUGUUUCUGCCACGUCUAAUAGAAUCUACGCACCUAUUGCUAAACUACCACCACCCUUCUCGAGAACAUCAACGCCCCCAAAGCAAAAGCAUCAACAUAAACAAGUUCAUUAUAAUGACUUAGGUGGCCAUAGUGAAGAGGGAGAUGUCCAAUCUCAUUCCCCCAUUGCUUCAUCCUCUAUUGGCACUACCAAUACCUCGUUGACUCACUGAUUUUCCUGUAAAAUGUGUAAUUUUUGUAACGACUAAUCUUAUAGUCUUGAUGUACUCUGGAGAGAGAGAGAGAGAGAGAAAGAGAGAGAUUUUGGUCCCUUUUCUUUGUUAAUUUUCAACAAUAUUUCAGUGUUUAUUUUGAUGUUGCAUAUUCCGCAACUUAAAAGUA